GUUCUCCGAUGCAAAGAUGGCUGUAUGGAUACAUUUGGAUGUAUUUUCUCACUUUUUCUUUCACCUCAUACUUACUCCCGAAUGCUGAUAUUAUGUGGGAAUGCAUAAAGCUUGUGGCAACAGUGACCGCGCUACGGUGGGGGCCUUGCUCGCCUCUCCAACAACCAAACUACAGCAUCCAGUGCCGGAGGUUUCCAAUGACAUGCAAUGUUAAAAAGCUGGAAGUGUGAUUUUCUCGGCGUCACCCUCCACCACAUUGCUGCUUGCCGCCCUCCAUCCUAAACGCAGGAACUCACGUUUCCCCACUCAUUUGCCAGAUGCAAAUAGUGUGUGUGUGUGUGUUUGUGUGUCAGUGUGUGAGACACCAAGAGGGAGGGCAAGGGGAGGUUCUUGAAGAAACAGUGUGCAGUGUUUCCUAUUACACUGCCCUGUUGGAGGGAGGAAAAGUGGGCAAAGAAGGCGGAGGAAACUUUGGGCUGAUUUUGCUCACAACCAUUGACUUUAUGGAGGCUGCAGUCGUGGAAAAUGAUCUCCUCUGUGGUCUUUGCUCUCCUCAUUCAAGCGCUGUUGGGAGAUUUGUGUUCCACCAUAAACGUCACCAUCACCCCUUCCCCCUUCACAGUGGCCCAGGAGGGUCAAAACAUCACACUCAAAUGCGUAGUUUCUCAGCGGCGCCGCAAUGCCGCGUUACCUGUAGUGAAAUGGACUUUCCUACCGGCGGGCACAGACACGGCAGACGACGAACUCCUCAUCGCUCGUGUCAACAUGAGAAAGGCCCGUUUCUAUGGGAACUACACAAAGAGUUUCUCGUGGCCGAAGAUGAAGCUGACGGUGGUGAAGCAGGGCAAGAUCUUUGACUUGUUGAUCUUGAACGUGUCAGAGGGUGACAGAGGUCUUUACAUAUGUCGAGUUCAGGAGUUUAAAAAGCACCAGGAUCGCUGGAAGGCGUCGUCCAACUGUACAGCUACAACUGAACUAAGAGUACAUGUGUUUCCGGCUACCAAGGCCAAAAAGGAAAGCCUGUGGAGCUUGUUUGAAGAUGUUUAUCUUUGUGCUGUGCUGAUUUGCUCAGUGGGCCUGCUGUGCAUGUGUCUGUUCACAAUGACGGUAACCUGCCAGUACAUACAGAGGAAGCAGCGGUUAAAAGAUAAUUACCACCUGGUUAAAAGUUCUCAAAAUAGCUCAGGAGAAACCGUCACCAGUGUGCUCAGCGUAUCUCCUGCCCUACCAAAGAAGGAGCGAAGAUACAGAAAGAAAAAGAGCAAACAUUACCAAGAGGAAAUACCACCAGAGAUACCUGCAAAAGUUCCCAUUGGAGACAAAAGGAAACCAAAACUUUUAAAACCACAACCAAGGAAAGUACUUUUGCCGAAGAUAGUGGAGGAGAAUCUGACCUAUGCAGAACUGGAUCUGAUGAAGCCCAUCCCGGAAGCAAAGACAUCGCGGAACGGCACAGUGUAUGCUCAGAUUCUUUUCGGGGAACAGCAGUUAUGAAAAUUUACAGUAUGUAAAUAUGCUUGUUUAUUUAUAGUCUUUCAUAUUUGUAUUCUAAUGGAUGUGAUGAAAUUGUACAUAUCAUGAACUUUGACUGGUGGUGAAGUGUGGGAUUUACUACAAAAUAACGUUUUUCCGAUUCAAGUUUAUUGUCAAGUUAGCUUUUCAGUGAGGCAAUAAACACACACAAAUGUGACCCAACAUAAUCUGCCGUGUGAUUAGCUUUCAGUGUAUUUCCCCGCCUUAUCUUGCCUCACAACAUCUGUGCUAAGUCUGUUUUUUGAGUGUCAGACUAUAAUUUACAGUCACCACAACUCAAGAGAGUUGAUAUUAGAGUAGCGACUUACCCUCAGACCCCCCCUCCCUCCCUCCCUCCCAGCCACCCUAUGAUCAAGUUUGCAAGACACUUUCAUGUCGCGCCAACAUCAGCUUAACAGCCAAUUUAUCAGUGACACAUGCACACGCUGAUAAAUGCAUCGGUGCAAGCGUUCAGCUGCGUGUGUGUGUGUGGUAAACAAAAUACUGCAAAAGGUUAAAAGUGUUGUACAUCUGCAGCCAAACAAACUGCAGUAUUUUUUGGGUUAUUUCUCAAGUACCUCAAAUCAUUUGUGAUAGUAGCUCAGUGCUGAUGUUGACAGCGUAAAGUCUCUUAUUUCCAUUUCAUGGUCGUUGGAUCGAGGCAUGGAAAAGGAGCACCGCUGAACUUGAAACCUAUGCAGCAAAUUCCUCCUCCCUCCUCCAUCAGUACACUACGUUACACACUACACUACUUCCACUGUAUACUGUAAUAGUGUGCUCGAUGCAGAAAAGGCCUUCCACUUUUAUUACCCAAUCAUAGUUAACAAAUUAAUAAAUUACAAAACCUGUAAUUCUGCUUCUUCUGGAUGUUUUGGGGAUUUCAGGAGUAGUCAAAAUAGAUAUUUUAUAGAUAGCAAACAUUUUGGUUGUAAAAAUGGAGGACAAAGUAACAAUGGGGACAGAUAACAUUAACAUUUAGUUAAAUUUAAAAAAAAAUGUUUUAAGUAUGCGAACCUUGGUUAGCAUACGUCUUAGUUAGCACAUUUUUCAAUUAACGUCGAAAAUUUAUGCAAAAAUUGACAUUUUCCGGUGACAUAUAUUCAAUAUGCCAUGUGUGAGUCCAUCUUGGACCAUCCUGUUUCGUCCCGUUCCGCUGCAAAAUAACCUAAAUUGGAGUCAAAGAACAUGCCUGCAUUUUGAUGAAGGAGGAAAAAAAACAAGGAAUCACUCUCGGCAAAACACAAAAAGCAGUGCCGGUGUGGAUAUAAGUGGGAUUUCCACACUCCUGUAAUAUUACUAUACUCUAUUAGAGCAUUUAAUCACUUGAGUUGUGUAGGUUGUGUUUAAAUGAGCGUGUUGAGCAAAUGUGUAGCACUGAAUAUAAUGUGAUUUUUAUUUUUGUUACGGUUAUUUACUUAAUUGAAAUCUGUUAUGACUGUAAUCAAAAACACAACAGGCCGAAAAAGGGAAAUGUCAUUUAAAUUCUGUAUACUGUAUUGUUUGCUAAGGUUUAUUUGAGCUCUACGCUGAGUUGUUUUAAAGAUGCAAUGAAUAAAAGUUGAGGGGAGAAACAUUUUUUCAAAUGUCCUUAAAACUGUGAAAUGUAAAGUUUCUUCCAUCACCCCAAUGCCCUUAACGGGAAUCAUCUAACAAGAACCAUGUGUGUGUGCGAUUCGAGCCUCUCUGCUUCUCAGUUUUCCCUCUCAGUGACCUCCAAUGACCUUUCAAUUCAAUAGUGCUCCAAUUGCAGUUGCAGUCGUGCAUAUUUUUUUCAAACAAAAUCAUCUGGCAAUUAUCGAGUAUUUGCUUGCACAUCAAAAGUUAACCGCUGAUGGACUGCAUAGAUACAGUACGAUAUAUUCGUUAUGGCGGUCAGCAGGGGGGAAAUGCAAGGAGGUCUACAGGAGUAAAUGACACGUAUUUCAUUUAUUACCUCGGGGAAAGAGAAAGCCACAUAUUUUAAAAUGUAUUUCAGUAAGAGUCAUAUCCUACCAAGUCUCUGAUCACAAUCUUAAUUAUUUUUAAUGUUGUUUUCUAUUCUGAAUGUCAUUUUUAACACUGUGAUUUCUGUCGUGUUUUACUUUAAAAUGUAUGUGAAAGUUAAAUAAAUACAUGUUAUUGUUAUUGUUACAGCGAUACAGUAUCUGGCCCUCGAGCCACAGGUUCAAUAGAUUUGAUAUAGUUCCAUGUUGUGAAA